AUGGCUACCGAGAAGCGGGAGAAGCUCGAAGCCCAGAUCAAAUCUGUGGACAUGAACGAUGACAUGCAACAGGAAGCCAUUGAAGUUGCUACCGAGGCCAUGGAGAAAUACCAUAUCGAAAAAGCAAGUGAUGAUGACAUUGCACAAUUUAUAAAGAAGGAGUUCGACUCACGAAAGGGUGCUACCUGGCACUGCAUAGUUGGAAGGAACUUUGGAAGCUUCGUUACCCAUGAAACUAAGCAUUUCAUAUAUUUCUAUCUUGGUCAUUGCGCUAUUCUUCUAUUUAAGACGCAAUAA